GCACCCGGAAGCGGCGCGGAGCGGCCGCCGGUGCCGCCCCCGGUACCGCUGCCGUUCCCGUCAUGUGAAGCGACGGGACGGGCUCCCGCAGGCCACGAUGGAGCCCACGGCCUCGCAGGUGUUCUGCGGCAGAGUGCUGGGCAUGGUCAACGCCGAGGACGUCAACGCCAUCAUCCUGGCGCAGAAAAACAUGUUGGAUCGGUUUGAGAAAACCAACGAGAUGCUGCUCAACUUCAACAACCUGUCCAGUGUCCGCAUGCAGCAGAUGAACGAGCGCUUCCUGCACCACACCAGGACCCUGGUGGAGAUGAAGAAGGACCUGGACAGCAUCUUCCGGAGGAUCCGGACACUGAAAGGGAAGUUGGCAAAGCAGUACCCAGAGGCUUUCAGCAACAUCCACGAAUCCCCCAUCCUGGAGGACGACGACGACUUCGACCCUGUCCCCAAGAGCACCACGACCACCAUCGCUACCUCUGAGCAGAGCACCGAGUCCUGUGACACCAGUCCCGAUGUCAUCUCCCCCACCACCAGCCAGGAUUUCGAGGAUUUAUCCCAGGGCCAGUACGAGGGCCCGGCCAUGAACGGACAGAGUCUCACAGACGAGGACACGGCCAGCGGCCUGGACUAGGAGCCACGUCCUGGAGAACUUUCUAUCCUGUAUUUAUAUUUGUGUGUCGCUUUUUAUUUUUUUUCUUUUUUUUGCCUCGGGAAGAGGGAAGCCAAGGCUGGGAGAAGCUGAGGGAGGAAGGUGCUG